ACGGUGCGCGACGAGGCUCAAAGUCGCUCAGCCGAGAGCGAACGAUUACAUGUUCAAAGAUGUCCGCGACCAGGUACCGCCGCUUUCUGAAGCUGUGUGAGGAAUGGCCCCGCGACGAGAUGAAGAAAGGCCGCGACCUGGGGACGUUUCUGCGGCAGAGGGUCGCCUCUGCUUUCCGCGAAGGAGAAAACACGCAGAUCGCAGAUCCAGAGAAAUGUGACCAAAUGUAUGAAAGUUUGGCUCGUAUCAACGGCAACAUUUACAGACAAAGAUUUCCUCGUGUGAGGGACACCAGCUUCACGGGAGUCACUGUGGAGGAGUGUAAACUUCUCCUGUCAGGGAGCAUGCAGACCAUGGAUGACGAUAAGAAGAGUUUGUGGAAGACAAUAAUGGAGCGAUUUUCCUCCAAAUCACCAGAAGACGCUCCAGAAAAACCUUCUGAAAAAUAACUUUGCUCUUGUAUUUUCUUGUUGCAUGUAUAGAAAUAAAGUUUAUUGUUGAUACA